CUUAUCUCUCAACUCCUGACUUAGUUCAGGCACCGUUGAAUUGCCCAGCCGUGCCAACACGCUUAAUCCCCUGACAUGGUCGGCAAUGCGUGAUGCGUGAGCCACGAGCCACGAGCCACGAACCACGAACCACGAGCAGGAGGUGGCUUCAUUCUUGAAUUUUUGGCACUUCUCUCACCAAACAGUAAUUGCUGUUGGUGCAGAUCAUGAGGCUGUCAUUAUCCCGGCACCAUUUGGUACAUGUCAAACUGCGCCAUGCUUGCACCGAGAUGACUGACAUGCGGACGAAUCCUAAACCCUGAAUCAACCUCGUAAAGGUUUCAUUCGACACUCCACACACGGAACCUUCUCCUCUCCUCCGCCUUGCCCGUCUUCAGACCCUAUCCAAAUCAGAACACUAUCACGCUAGAACGCAAUGUGACAGAAGCCAGUCUCGACAUUGCAGUUCAUCCUUCAGUCUCAACGACGAUUGCGACGAUUGCGACAACUCUGACAACCUCAUAUUCAGACUCCUGUGCUGACCUAUAUCUCCUGAGUCGACCGGUCCAAGUAAGGAGGAGGGGUAAUCUUCAUCAUGAUUGAGGGGAUAUGCAACACAUACCACCAUCGUAUACGCAAGACCAUCACAUAACCGACGGUUGACUACACCCAUAACCGCUCCCCGUUCAACAAAUAUCGACCAUGUCCAAGGACAAAGGCAGCGAUGGCGGUCACGCCGUGGUUCGAGCCCCUGCGCACCCAGUGCCUCAAUUACAGAAACCUUUCGAAGAGUCGAUGAUGGAGUCAGCAGAAGACGGGCAAGACCAUGAAGUUCCUCUGGAUGCCAUGGCAAGACGUACCAUGCUCUUGGACGCCCCAACAUAUAACAGAGUUAUUGCCGGCAGAUGGAAACAAAAACCCGGGGAGAAGUACCAUCCUCUGUGGAAGCUGGUCGCCCAGAUGUCGUUUGGCAUGCACUUGCUUGCGCUGAAUCUAGCUAUUUCAGAAGAGGAGGUCAUGAAAAUAUUGCAGAGCCAUGUUGACGAUAUAGAUGGUUUUCUCGAGCGUACCACCGAAGAUUUUGAUCUUGCCCAAAGCGACAUUCAUGAACGAAUCCGAUGUCUCAAGCUACCAUUAGCGCAUGGGGAGGUCUUUGACCGUAUGUUGGAAGAUGGUGCGUUCAGGGCAUCGAUUCUCGACGGCAACGAGAAAAUCGAACAUGUCAUUAGCCGAACGAAGAGAGCAGCCAAAGAUGCUCUCAAGGAUGUCCAGAAGGGGUUCGACGCUACAAACACGCUAGAAAAAUACCUCACUAGCCUGAACUCGAGUUGGCAUCGAAAGUCUCCAGAGCACGAAGCGGUUUUGGUGGCAAUGCUUGGAAAUGUUGAAGGCUGGCGAAGGGCAUUCCUUGAACUGCAUCUUGAGGGUAACAAGCUGGCCGGGCUGCUCAAGAAGCUGAGUGAGGUGGUUGCUCAGAUGGAGAGAAGAGCGGCUACAGUGAGUCGCAACAUGAUCACCAAAUACCAGCGCCCAGUAAAUCUGCCUUCUCAAAAGCCCCAUCAUAUGUCGCAAUCAGGCUCUAUUGCGCAAGCAAAGCCAUUGCCAACAGAACCAGGUCGGCGCCAGUCGUCUCGGAAAUCAUCACAGAGCACCAACGUAACUGGUUUCUCGAGUCGACCAGGCACCGGACACAAGUCCAGCCAUGGCAUGACAUCGAUUGGCCAAACUCCCGAAUCAAAACGAAAUCGAAGUCGAAGUCACGACACAAAUCACCAUGCCAUCUCAGACGCGGCAAAAGAGUUGAACCAAUCCAGACGGCAGCAGCCAGUCGAGCAAGGCCAUGAAUUUGGUGGAUUAUUGGUGCCGGCCGACCUCGAAAAUCCCAUCGAGCUUCCGGCAGAUUUGCCUGAGGAUCUACUUCGACAAGCACCUGUCUCAGUGAGAAAUCGUCUUAGCAUGACACUGGGUAUCGAUCCGAAAACCAAGUCAGAUCAUCGUAUCUCAAGCGUCUACUAUCCUCGAGCUUUAGGAGAGCUUCUGAAGUCACCAGAAUCGUCCCACAUGUUAUAUUCGCCACAACACGCCACAUCGAACGUGGCAACACCAGUGAGUGCUGUCAUUACCUCGCCUGUGUAUGGGCUGGAGAAUAGGGCAUCCCAUACGGCCCAACAGGGAAGAAAAUCUCAGUCAGGCUUGGCUGGGUCGCAUGAUCAACCCAAGCCGCGGUAUGCAAUGCCAACAGCCAUUCGGGGCUCGGCUCGGGCAUCAGUCAUUGACCCAAUGAUGAGAUCGCAACGCAUGUCAAACCCGGCCUUCACUUCCCAUCCAGCUGUCAUGGCGAUGGCCUCACCUCCGGUUGAGCUUCCAGCCGAAGCAGAUGGUGAAGAGAUGACUAUUAUGAUGGCUUUGGACCAAGUUUCCAAACCGUCUAGUAUACGGGGACCAGGUUCGGAGACGGAGAAAGGAGCGAGAGCUAGGUCGAAAUCUUUGGCAGGUGCUAGCCACGCUGCAAAGACCUCGGUCGUCUCAGCACUUGGAGUUCCAGCUUUGGUUGAAGAGAAAAGUUCGGCCGUGGCCGGGCGAGGAGAAGCACGGCAAAGAAGCUCGCACGGAAAAACGAGCCUGACAGAGGUUGCCGAACCUUCGGAAUCAAACCAGGACGAGGAAGAAAUUUACCAAGACUCGAAGGAGAGUCAGGAGCCACCUGUGACAGUGCCAAAGCCAGAUAACGAUGAGCCAAAUGCCACAAAACAAGAUCCGGUGGUGGCGGAAAUAGUGGCAGAAAAGACAGAAAAGGCAGAACCAAGUCUUGGAGUGGAGAGAGCAGUUGACGAGUCGGUCAACAGCACAAAAGGCAAGAAAGUCGAUGUACAGGCCAAAGGAUACGUCGCCGAACUCGAGGCGAAUACUCCAGGAGAACCGACAAGGCUAGAAGAGCCAAAUCCAACUGGGCCGGUAGAGCUCGAGGCCCCUUUCCAUAAUUUUGCGUUGCCACCUCGUCCGAUCGCAGCGUCUAGUAACCCAGACAAGGAAGUACCACGGGCCAGCAUCCGAAAUUUGGACGACUUUUUCAAACUCCCUUCGGAGCAAAGCAUCACACCGGGGCGUAGGGUGAAGGAGGGCGGCAGAUCGAGUGAACAAGACAAGACGAAACCGCUGAAACUAACACUGGCCAAAGUGGAUGGCAAGACUGUGCCAAUUCGAUCAAAUUCCAGAGAGGAAGGAUGGCGGGAGGGAGGGGAACGACCACCUUCACAAUUGUUGAAAAGCGAUGUUGUGGCGGACAUUAUCGGUACCAUGUCCUAUACGCCACCAGGCUCACCUUUACAUCAACGAGGCUCGUCCGGAGCGUCGCAUAACUCGGCGCAGAGGUGGUCGCAUAGAUCAACCCGCUCGCUGGGACCGUCGGAGGUUGCACCUCCACCACCAGCGCCAGGGGGGCGUCCGAUGGUCAACCCUGACUUUGCGUCGGCAGGACAAUUUGAAGGAGAGCGCAAGCAGAAGAAGAAGAAAAAGAUAUCGAUCGUCAGCAAGGACAAAUGGAGGUUGUUCUUUCAAAAUGGAAACUCGCGUGCGCUGAACCCUUCGCAGGCUGCACAGGCAGAAAAGGCGGCCAGGGAGUCCGGAAAGGAACCGGGCGAGGGUGGAAGUGAGAUGAUGAGCGGAUCAGGCAAGGACGUAGUAUGGUUUAAGGGUGAGAGAAAGAGUGCAGUGGGUGCUGUUUCGAGGAGUUCUGGUUGAUUUGAAUGAAAUUUUCAAUGGCAGGCAUUUAGCGAGGCGGAGCGGUACAAUUGUCUGAUGAAAGAAGCCUGUUUGAGCACCUGUCAGAUGUAGGGCAUAAUUUUGUUUUGUUAUUUUGUUUCCUGUAGACACAUGGUUGGGUUUCUGAUGUCGUAACAGCGCGGGCGGAUUGAAUCUGAUGGUUUUUGGCGAGGAAUAUACCAAGAUGAGGGUGUGGAUGGAUGGAAUUGUUCAUCCACUGGUCCUGUUGGGACUUAGUAGGGUUGAGACGUUCCAUUGGAGGGGGGAUACCUGAUCUUGUGUAUCAGUUUUGUUACUCCAAGGCCAAAAUGUGCCUCGAUAGCCAUAGAUACCUAACUGUAGGAGGUCGGUAGUUGGCAGGAGUUCCUGCACGCAACCGUGACUGUAACCAACCAACAGUG